AUGGUCACAUUCGCCAUCAACGGGCAGCUUCUCGCUGCGCCGGCAGUUUCCUCCACCGCCUCUCAUCUCUCCACUCGCCGUAAAUAUUCUACCCAUUCUUCUUCUCGCGAACUCCGCUUCAACACACAAUUUCCUCGCUUCCCAUCUCUUCAAUGCAGCAGCAGCAGCUCAUCUAAUCGGAAGACGGAGCCUUCGCCUAACAACAAUCUCCUUAAAUCACUCGCGAAAUCUCUUGUUCUCGGCUCAGUUGCGUCCUCGGCGUCCCUAUUUCUUCCCCGAUUCACGUCGAUUCUAAGCGGCGGCGGAGGAGGAGGCGAUGGGAAUUCCGGUGGGUUUGGAGGAGGCGGAGGUGGAGGUGGAGGAGAUGGUGGAUUUUUUAGGGAUUUGUUUUCUCUUGCAGCUCCAGUGGCCGUCGCGGACGAGGAGCAGUCACCGGAUUGGGAUUCUCACGGAUUACCGGCGAACAUUGUGGUUCAGCUGAACAAGCUCAGUGGUUUCAAAAAGUACAAAAUCUCCGAUAUUCUCUUCUUCGAUCGACGGAGCCAAACCGACGUCUCCACAGAAGACUCCUUCCUCGACAUUGUAUCGAUUCAGCCAGGAAAAGUCUACACGAAAUCCCAAUUGCAGACGGAGCUAGAAACCCUCGCCACCUGCGGAUUGUUCGACAAAGUCGAUUUGGUAGGGAAGACGAAACCCGACGGGACGCUAGGCGUUACAAUCUCCUUCGCGGAGAGCACGUGGCAGCCGGCGGAGAGGUUCCGAUGCAUCAACGUCGGGCUGAUGACACAGGCGAAGCCGAUAGCGACUGAUUCUGACAUGACGGAGAAAGAGAUGAUUGCGUAUUUGAGGAGCCAGGAGAAGGAUUACAAGCGGAGGAUUGACAAGGCGAGACCUUGUUUGCUUCCCGGAGGGUUUCAGAGAGAGAUGAUGAUGAUGCUUAGGGACCAAAGGAAAGUCAGUGCGAGGCUUCUGCAGAGGAUUCAGAAACGAGUCAAUAAGUGGUACCAGGACGAAGGUUACGCUUAUGCUGAGGUUACGAAUUUUGGGAGCUUGAACUCUAAGGAACUCGUCUGUGAAGUUAGGGAAGGAGACAUUACGCAGCUGGUUAUCCAGUUUCAGGAUAAGCUUGGCAAUGUGAUUGAAGGUAACACACAGACUCCAAUUGUGCACAGGGAAAUCCCCAAACAGCUCCGUCCAGGUCAUGUGCUGAACAUGAAAGCUGCGAGCCAAGCUGUGAGGAACAUUUUCGCUCUAGGCUUGUUCUCUAACAUCGAAGUCCUUCCAAGUCAAGAUGAGAAGAACUCAGGAGGUGUGAUUGUUGAGAUCAAGCUUACGGAGGCUGAACCGAAAUCAGCAGAAGUCAGUACAGAAUGGAGUAUUGUUCCUGGGAGCACAGGAUAUCCUUCACUGGCUUCAUUCCAGCCAGGAGGGUCUGUUUCUUUCGAGCACCGAAACAUCCAUGGGCUUAACCGGUCUGUCAUGGGUUCAGUAACCACUAGCAACCUCUUGAAUCCUCAGGGUGAUCUUUCGUUUACGUUUGACUAUGUACACCCAUAUCUGGACGGUGUUUACAAUCCUAGAAACCGUAUCUUGAAAACGAGCUUCAUCAACAGCAGCAAACUCAGCCCAGUAUUCACCGGAGGACCUGGCUUUGAGGAAGCAGUGCCUCCAAUGUUAGUGGAUCGAAUUGGUCUUAAAGCUAACAUAUCCGAGAACUUCACCCCUCAGAGUAAGUUCACAUAUGGACUUGUGUUGGAAGAGAUCACAACAAGAGAUCAAUAG